AUGUCUGGUUUGUCGGUCGCGGACAGGUCCUGUUUCCCCGCUCGUGUCGUGUUAUCUUCUCCUCGUCAUACCAAAACCCCCUCUCGCCCCCCAUCAUUUCCCGCUACUCCUGCAGCCGUCGCUUGUGAUGGCAAGCUGGCCAUUGCUGACCGGCUCGCCUAUCUGGAGGAGAAAGUCAACCUCAUCUUGAACGGUGGCAGAUCAGUCCAUCAGGAUCAGAACCAUGGCGGAAAUAACGAAGCUCCUGACAGCGCCUACUCGGCAGCCUCAUGUCCGUCUUCCGGCGAUUUUGGACCCUCCCUCAAUGACCCCUUUCUUCUCGGGUUGGGAUUUGAGGACUCGAAAAUAAAUCCAUCAUCGAGGAUCUCUCAGGCAGUUAACCUUUACUUUCAAUACUGCCACAGGCAACCAAUAUGGUGCUUUGAUCGCGAAGAGGUCAAGGACACGAGUUAUAUUUCGGAAGAGCUGGUCUGCAGUAUUUUAACGCUCACUUCGCGCUUCUCGCAAGAGCGCGACGAGCUGCAGCAUUACGGCGAUAGCGCUCGAACUUUAGUCAUGCUGCGGAUCGCCAAUGGUACCGUGGAGCUUGAAACGAUAGAGAGCCUGUGCUUGCUUUCGUACUCUUCCUUCCUCGAUGGAAAUGCUCAUCUCGGCCGCUUUCAUCUCGGCCUUGCUCUUCAGCUUUGUCGGUCCGCAAUGCUAGACCUUGACUCCACUUAUGGUAUCGAAUGCCCGGCUGCUGAAAGGAAGAAAAGACUCUUCUGGAGUCUUCAGUGCCUUGAGCAGGCAUAUGGCCAAAUCAAUGGCAUUCUUGGUGUGCCAGCAGAAGUUUUACGCUCCUUUUACGUUUCGACAGGUGAUGAUAAGGAGCUUCUAAGGAAGCUUGACACUAGGCCACCGCCACUGCCAAACGAUGAGGUUGGAUGCUCGGGCGCAGAUGCCCUUGGAAUUUGGAAUUUGGCACUACAUUUCGGAUGGGUUUGGAGUAGGGUCAGAUCAUAUGUUUUUGAGUGCGCGCAAAGCCGAUUGAAAGAGCCGUGGAGGCAUGACUCGAUGUAUGCGAUGGUACUUUCCGACCUCACCGAGCUCGAGAACAAGCUUUCACUAUGUCAUCGAUACGACUCGGUUAAAUUUUAUGAACGCAGAGCCGAGGAGCUCAGAAUGAGUAGAGAAUACUGGGCUCCAUGGCUCAAGCUGCAGUUCACCUAUCAUUGCAUCCUGACGGUCCUCAAUCAUCCAUUCCUCUAUAUUGUGGCAUCUCAAUACAACCACAAUUUGACGAUCCCGAACACUUUCUGGAGACGAUCAUCUGAGCUUGUCCUUUUACAUGCGACCUGGAUUGUCCGACUCAUCGACAUGGUAACAGAAAAGAAGAUGCGACUAAUUGAUCCAUUCUUUGGCCAUGCAGCCGCCAUUGCCGCUACCGUACAUCUUUACUAUUGUUGUGCCACUGACCCAAGAUUGAAGUUCAAAUCAAAAACAGAUUUUGCAAAAUGCAGAAGAUUCUUGAAAAGCUUUGUGUCAUUCUCCCCUGCUUGUGAAACUCUGGACCAAACGCUGGACAAAAUGACUCGCAUUGCAUCCGGCUCGGAGAAAGUGGAUUUUGACUGGGAACCAUCGAAGAUUCAUCUCAGUAUUCCUCUGAUGUGGGAGCUUCUACAAAUAAACUGCACACCAACCUCACCAGAGACUUCCGCUGCCGGCUUACUGCACCCUUCACUCAAUCCUGCGGUCUUCCCGGAAGAUAUUGACAACCCAUCUUCCACUCUUGAGAUCAUCGUCGCCAUGUCACCAGAAAUCACAGUCAAUACCGCCGAUGGAGGAUCCGCCGCGCAUGUGCCACCGAGUUUACCUAGGAUCUCUACAGCUACAGCUACAGCUACAACUACAGCGCCAGCAUCACCGGCAAGUACGGCACCGGGAGACAAAUUAGUCGCACCUGCAGACAGUCUGAUGGCCAAUACUCCUUGGCUAUGGGCUGAUCCGUCACAAUUUAUUGAUAUGGAUAAUCUUGGCUAUCCCGAGUCGGAAUCUACCCUCGGAAAUAUCGACGGGUUUUCCACUUGGUGGGAUUUUGGCAACCUAUAA